CACAUGGGGCAUUGUCAUGCUGGAAUAGAUUGAGGUCUCCUAGUUCAACAAAGGGACAAUUUUGUGCUUUCAAAUUUGUCCUAACAAAAUGUAAGCAUAAUGUCGGGUCUUGAGCUAUUUCCAAAUUUUCCAAAUAUUUGAAACUCAGACUGUCAGGUGUGAGAAAAUCUUUCAUCCUGAGCUUACUGUCUAUACGUUUCAUGUGUCCAUGUCGGUUUCUUCAAGGUUCUUCGGUGUUCUCCCAUCUCCCAUCUCUGACUGAAUGAAUAAACUGCAAGCUGUAAUAAAAUACAUUUCAGUCUCAAUUUAUGAUUCCAGUAUCGUGGCUUAAAAUAAAUUAAAAUGUGUUUUUUUUUUUUAAACUGCUUUGUUGCAGUCCUAUUAUGUAUAUAGGGUCAAAGACUCGUUCGAGUCAUUUCGUUUGGAAUCGACUCUAUUUGGGAAGGAACCGAUUCCCGAGUCUCUCAUCACCAGCAUCUCAGAGGAGGACAAAAGCGGUGCACCUGCGAGAAGAACCGAGACGGAAGUGCAGAUUUGAUCAUCACUGAGAUUAUGCUGAUGUGUGAUUGGAUCAGAAAGACGUCAAUGAUUAUCUUCUCGCUCCUGAGAUUAUAAUAAUAAUAAUUAUAUAUAAUUAUAAAGGAUUGGAACAUGUUGGUAUCAGCGCUUCUCCGUCAGCAGCUGGGCUUCCUGCUGAUGUUUCUCGCCAUCGCAGGCGCCUCGAGCGCUUCUCAGAUCUCCGAUCUGAAGUCCAGACUGUCGGGCGUGGAGGAGCUCCUGGAGGAGUUCCGUAAGCAGCUGCAGCAGGACGAGUCGUACCCGAGCGCGGUGGCGGAUGAGGAAGAUGAGCAUAAAGAGGCCGGCGACGCGUGCCUGCGCGACUUCGACGCGGCGGAGGAGCGCAUCAUCCGCGCGGUGGCCUCCAUCGAGCGCGGCGCCGCCUUCUUGUCGGCGCCGGGCCGCGUGCGCAGCCGCCGCGACUGCGUGCGCGCGUGCUGCGCCGAGCCGCGAUGCACCACGGCGAUCGUCCAGGAGCAACAGCCGCCAAUGCAGACGCCGCCAAUCCAGACGCCGGAGCAACAAGCGGACGGCGGCCUGCGCUGUUACCUUUUCAACUGCACGUACGGCGGCGCGAACGUCUGCGUCUUUUCGUUCCAGCGCGGCUUCAGCACCUUCGGGCGCGUCGCGCGCAACGUCAGCGCGCCCAGGGAGCGCCACCGGAGGCCUCCUCCUCCUCCUCUUCCUCCUCCGGAUGAGGGAGACGAAGAUGGCGACUCGUCCAUGCGAGAGAUGGACGAACCCCCACGCAGCGAUGCCGGUAUGGACGUGGUGAUCCAGCUGCCUACGGACUGGGCCAUACUGGACGGCAGGGACAGCAUGGACGACCACGGUGUCGUACGUUACGAAUGGGCUCUCGUUAAAGGAGAUCCGUCGAUCAGCAUGAAGGUUACCCACCCGGGUCUCCUGAAGCUGAGUGGGCUCAGAGAGGGCGUCUAUACCUUUCAGAUGACAGUCACCGAUACCGUAGGACACAGGAGUUCGGAUAACGUGUCCGUCACAGUGCUGGCACCUGAACACCAUGCAGAAGUGUGCACUCAUCACUGUUCGCCAUACCAGUUCAUGUGCGAUGACGGUUGCUGUAUCGACAUCAGCUACGCCUGCGACGGCAAACAGCACUGUCCCGAUCGCUCUGACGAAGACUUCUGCCGCAACUUCGACAGCGGACGCAAGACCGUAACUCAUCCAGCCAGCCCUCUGUCUCAGAAUGGAGGAGCCAGAGAAGCAGAAGGCCGAGCCAUGAUCCCUUCAGGACCACGUAAUACUGACACCGUCGUCGAUCCCAAAAUACAAAAACAGUCUACAGAUGAACAAGAUCCCUGCUCGAUGGCCCCCGUGGUAGGUCCGUGUAAAGGCGUUUUCCCACGCUGGUAUUACGACCCCACAGCAGGCGAAUGUAAACACUUCCUGUACAGCGGCUGCAAAGGGAACCACAACAACUUCCUGCAGCAAUCCGACUGCGCAAACGCGUGCAUUCAGAAACCUGCUCCAGGUGAUCGUCAGGCCACUGCAGCGCCUUCUCCGACCACACACACAAACACAGCUGCUAGGUCACCCAGUCUUGAAGCCAAAUCCAAGAAUUCUGCAUCACUGACUCAGAACGAUCAGCCAGUAACUAAAGUUCAUACAGAAUUAAGUGGACACUCACCACCAGAGUCAGGUACAAUCCUGGCUCUGGUCCUCGGCAUAAUAAUCAGUGCUCUGCUUUUGCUGAUGGUGGGCUGUAGGCUGCGUGUUCGCCGUCACCGGAGGAAGAAAGCUCUGCCGCUCACCACCGAAGAAUCCGAUUACCUCAUUAACGGCAUGUACCUGUAGUGCAAAAUGGCGCAUCUGUAAUUCAUAUUUUCACUAUAUAUGUAUAUGUAUGUAUGAGGUGGUAUCAAAAAGUUCUCUUUGAUAACUUUAUUCAUUUAGGUUAACACUAUCACCUUCAAAAUAGUCCCCUUGCAGUGCUUCCAGCAUUCCUGCCACUUUUGGAAUAUGUCCUGGAAGUCUUCUAGAUAUUCAUCUCGAAAGAGCUAAAUUUGGUGAGUAGGGUGGGUGUGGAAGUGAGAUGUUGUUUUCGGCGAGAAACGGUUAAAGGGUGCAGACGUGGUCAGAAUAGCACCAGUUGCACAGCUCCCGAUAUGGACAGGACAAUGUGCUUUGAAGGUCGGUGCUCCCUGUGACUGUGUGUGCAGCCUUGUGCUGCCAUCUGUUGGCAUGUUACAAAACUAGUUUUGAAACUUUCUGAUACCACCUCUAUAUAUAUAUAUAUAUAUAUAUAUAUAUAUAUAUAUAUAUAUAUAUAUAUAGAGAGAGAGAGAGAGAGAGAGAGAGAGAGAGAGAGAGAGAGAGAGAGAGAGAGAGAGAGAGAGAGAGGAAAGAGGCACAUGAAUAUAUAACACUCCAAAUACAUCAUCUCAACUGUCUGAUACACCACUUGCUUUGAUAUUUAAUGUAAUGAAAUAGUAAAAUAGAUUUUAUAUAUAUAUAUAUAUAUAUAUAUAUAUAUAUAUAUAUAUAUAUAUAUACAUACAGGAGUCAGGAGUCUGAGACUAGUCUGGUGAAGUCCUGGCUUCUUUUCUCCCUUAUAUUAAUGAGUCCAAGCUUCUACAUUCUCAGAGUCCUGUUUCUGGCUGGCUGGAGUGCGACCUGAUUGAGGUUUUCAGCUGUUGUAGCACGUCCACCUUGACAUUUGUGCAAAGCUUUCCUCCUCACCCUGGUUGUAAAGAGUGGUUACCACAGCCUUAGAGUCAGCUCGAACCAGUCCGGGCGUUAUUCUCGCCUGACCUCUCUUGUUGACGCCGUGUUUUUCUUGCCUGCAAAACCACUAUUAGGCUCGGGCUGGAGGUUUUUUCUUUUUCCGUGCCUUUUCUGUAUAACCUCUACAUGAGAUCAGCGCAUUCUAUUAAUGUGGCUGUUAUAUUUUAUAUUUUAAAGAUGAAAAAAUGAGAAAUUGGGUCCUGUUUUCAGAUUGACCAAAUGAUUAAAAUUAAUGUAUUGAAAUCCUGAAAUGGAAAUUCAGGAUACACUCCGAACCAAAAACUUCCAACCCAAAUUCUCUAAAUUAAGUACUGUAUUAUGAUGAUGAUGAUGAAAAGAAUGAUGGUUCGUAUUAUUAUUUGGAUACUGAAAAAUUUAUUACAUUAUAAAUAAGCCAAAAAAAAUACUCUUAGUUUUCUUUUAAUAUGGAAAAAAAUGCUAAAAUUAAAAAAUACAAUGUUUUACAUUAUAUCAUUUAUUAAAGGUCAAACGAUUUACUGAUUUUACUGAUAGCUAGGUUGAAUCGUACUUGCCGAAAACCGAUUAAUCAACCAAUAGUUUUGAAAAUAGAUACUGAAUUGAAAAACGUUACUACAAAAAAUAUAUAUACUAUCUCCGUGCAGCGCGCAGUCUCACAUGUAAAAACAAACAGCACGUGGCGUAAGUCGAUUUUUCCUACGAAGAGACAAAAAUUUUACUUGCUUAAGGAACAUGGGCCGAUAGUAAGUGUUGCAUAAAAGUAAAUGUUCUCACCGCCAAGCUGAAUCCGCUUUGUUUCAUAACGAUGUCUGUGUACCACUGCCUUGAUGUUUCCAUAGUUAGCUGUUCGUCGAGUGUCACAAAUCAUGCUGUACCUGCACCCUUGAAGUGCACAAGUACAUAGAAAAAAAAAGACAAAUUAAUUUAUAUUCUCAUAAUUCGAUUUCUUUUGUAACUAAUUUUUUUGUUAAUUUUUUUUGCAAAUUUUUUGUUCAAUUAUAACUGAAUUUACCAAAUUUUUCAUAAAUGGUAUGGCACGACGGGGCAACUUUGACCAACAGGCCCAAGUUUGGGCAUCUCUGCACUAAAACAAAUAAUAACACUAAGACUUCCCAAAAAUUCUGAUCAUUUGUUUUUCACGUUUUACAUUUAAUUACAAUGGAAUCAACUUUUCCCUUCUGUACGGAUUACAUACCAGCAUAAUUAUUUAUUUCGGAACCUAUUUAUUGUUAAAAAUCAAAGUUUUUUUUUGGGCGUAUCAAGAUCUGUAUUUAUGUUUGAAUGUUGCCUUCUCCUAUACUACCAUGCUACUGUAACCAACAUUCCUUAUUUUUAUGUUCAUUUUUAUGUGUUUUUAUGUAUUUUAUAGACACGUAUAAUUUUAUGUAUUGAUUACACGGCUAGUGCGUACGUACACAUGAUUUGUCAUAGCUAGACUUGGUUCUAGGAUUAUGAUUACUCUUUUGGAUCAUAUUUAGAAGUACAAAGUGCAAAGACGGAGGAGUAUUAAAUAAAUAAUAAAACAUCCAAAUACUAAAACAUUAGCACUGUAGAAGUUUUGUUUGUUGGUCAAAUGGAAAAUUGCUCAAUUCAGCUAGUUUUCUUAUUGUUUCAAAUAAGCUGAAUGAUAAAACUAGCUGAAUUGCUAGCAAAGUUGAAAUAUUUGAAACUGAAUUUUAUUUCUUUUUUACUUCGGUUGGACGCGACAGUAAAAAAACAUAUCAAAUCCCCUUUUCAAUCACUUGUUUUUCACCUAAUGAGAAAUCUAGCCAAAAUUUGCUUGCUAAUUUGAAACAAUGAGGAAACUUACAAUUCAAUUUAUUGAUUUUUUUUAUGACAGAAAUACUAGUGUAUCUAUGUAGGACAAUCUAGCAAUAAUUUGACAAGCUAAUUUCAAACACUGAGCUAGCUGAACUUCUUGCAGUAGUGUGAGGUUGGUCUAUGGAAUGAUUCGGAGUGAGAAGUGUGAUAUAAGAGUUGUGUUUUUCUCUUUUCCAGCUAUUCUGUAAAACUUGCUGCUAUACUUUCAACAUUUUGCAUUCGUUUAUAUGUGCAAAUAUACUAUUACAUUUGGGCACACACACAAACACACACACACACACACACAAAGCAUGGCUUCUCGAUCUGAAAACUGGAAGAUCUGUCAUAGGAGCUUCCUCCCGGCCAUCAGUCACUCACACAUUACUGCAAGUGACAGACUUCUGAAUCUCAGGCGCUUACAGGAUUCUGAUUUCGUGGCUGUUUUCAACAUUAAACCUACAUAUACAUGGAUUUAAAAAA